AUGAAGAUGAAGAAGCUCUCAGGCACAAACAUUGCAAUGAUAGUUCUCGUGGUCGCGCUUAUUGCUUUGAUGGUAACUUCAGCAGAUGCUCGAAUUGGCGGCGGCGGAGGUGGUGGAAGGGGUGGCGGCGGCGGCGGUGGUAGAGGUAGUGCAGGUGGGGGUGCGAAAGGUGGUGGCAGUAGCGGUGGGAAAAGUGGAAGUGGGAACAGAGGUGUAGGUAGUGGAACUAGAGGCAGAGGAAUUGUAGGUGGUGGUGGUGUUAUAGUAGGAACAGGUGGUGCUACUGCGGCUGGAGGUGGUGGUACGAGUGUGAACAGAGGUCAGCACGCAAGCUCAGCCUCCGUGACAUGUGGACCAGCUUCCAAAAAUGGGUUCAUUGCAGGGCUACCUCUAAUGCUAGUAAUUUUCUUGAUGGUGUAA